AUGACGCCUAUGGACUUUCCAGCCAAUAAUCCUGUCGCUUCAAGUCUUGCCAAUACGGAUAUCAGGCACAUCGACAAUGUGCCAAGCAAACCUCACAGCCAUAAACACAUCCUACAACCGAAAAGAACCAGUCCCAAGUUCCAACAAGCCCGCCAACCGUAUCCCCCUCCCAAACCAGCACCACCAUCCGAGUCCCGAGUGCGAAAUAUCGAAAAGCCUUAG